AGCCUGGAGGAAGUGGGGAGGAGACUGGCUGGGAACCCCUCCUCUCCUCCCGCUCGGGUCUCCUCCCCGCUCGGCUUCGGCUUUCCGCCGCUGCUCCAAGGCGCCUCGGUGCUCAGCAGAGAAGCCCCUGGCCCGCCCGCCCGUGCGGCCCUCGCAGCCAAGACAGCUUCCUUGGUGGAAUCGCAGGAAACCAACAGAACCAUGGCGACUCCCUCGGCUGCCUUUGAGGCCCUUAUGACUGGAGUGACAAGUUGGGAUAUCCCGGAGGAUGCUAUCCCAUGUGAACUGCUUCUUAUCGGAGAGUCAUCAUUUCCUGUGAUGGUGAACGACAUGGGCCAGGUCCUCAUUGCCGCCUCCUCCUACGGCAGAGGUCGAGUGGUGGUGGUCUCUCAUGAGGACUUCUUGGUGGAAAGCCAGCUCUUUGUCUUUCUUGUCAAUGCUGUGGGGUGGCUUCGCUCCUCCUCUGAGUCUGCCAUUGGUGUGCACUCAUCUUUAGCACCAUUGGUGAAAAUCCUGGAGAGCUGUGGAAUAGAUUCAAAGAUUGAGCCAGAGGUGAAUGACUCCCUGGGAGUUUACUGUAUUGAUGCCUACAAUGAAACCAUGGCUGAUAAGCUAGUCCAGUUUGUGAAACGAGGAGGAGGUUUGCUCAUAGGAGGCCAAGCCUGGGAUUGGGCUAACCAGGGUGAAGAUGAAAGAGUUCUGUUCACAUUUCCUGGGAAUCUGGUGACCAGUGUGGCUGGUAUAUACUUCACUGAAAACAAAGCAGACACAAGUUUCUGUAAAGUGUCUAAGAAGAUGCCUAAGAUCCCCGUCUUAGUGAGCUGUGAAGAUGACCUCUCGGAAGACAGAGACGAGCUUCUACGUGGCAUCUCGGAACUGGACAUCACCAAUUCGGACUGUUUCCCAUCCCAGCUACUAGUGCAUGGGGCUCUGGCUUUUCCUCUAGGCCUAGAUACCUAUCACGGCUGUGUGAUAGCGGCUGCCCGCUAUGGCCGGGGUCGGGUGGUUGUAACUGGUCAUAAGGUGCUCUUCACUGUGGGUAAACUCGGCCCCUUUCUCCUCAAUGCUGUCCGCUGGCUGGACGGGGGCCGCAAGGGCAAGAUUGUCGUGCAGACAGAGCUGAGAACACUGAGUGGUCUGCUCGCAGUAGGGGGCAUAGAUACCAGCAUUGAGCCCCAACUGACCAGUGAUGCAAGUGUCUAUUGCUUCGAACCCACGAGUGAUGUGGGGGUUAAGGAACUGCAGGAGUUUGUAGCAGAGGGCGGUGGGCUGUUUGUUGGAGCCCAAGCCUGGUGGUGGGCCUUUAAGAACCCAGGAGUGUCCCCUCUGGCUCGCUUCCCAGGAAACCUGCUCCUCAACCCCUUUGGCAUCAGCAUCACAAGCCAAAGCCUCAACCCAGGCCCCUUCCGUACCCCUAAGGCAGGAAUAAGGACCUAUCACUUCCGUUCAACCCUGGCAGAGUUCCAGGUGAUAAUGGGCAGGAAGAGAGGGAACGUGGAGAAGGGCUGGCUAGCCAAGCUAGGACCAGACGGGGCAGCUUUUCUGCAGAUCCCUGCUGAGGAGAUCCCUGCUUACAUGUCUGUGCACCGACUCCUGCGGAAGCUGCUGAGCCGCUAUAGGCUCCCGGUGGCAACCAGAGAGAACCCUGUCAUCAAUGACUGUUGCAGAGGGGCCAUGCUUUCCCUGGCCACAGGUCUGGCUCACUCGGGAAGUGACCUCUCACUUCUAGUCCCAGAAAUUGAAGACGUGUACAGCAGCCUUUACCUCCGCCCCUCAGAGUCUCCCAUCACUGUGGACGUCAACUGCACCAAUCCAGGCACACGAUACUGCUGGAUGAGCACUGGACUCUACAUACCUGGAAGGCAGAUUAUAGAAGUGACCUUGCCUGAAAAUGCUGCCUCUGCUGAUCUGAAGAUACAAAUCGGCUGUCAUACUGAUGACCUGACCAGGGCCAGCAAGCUGUUCCGAGGCCCCCUGGUGAUUAACCGGUGUUGCUUGGACAAAACCGUGAAAUCAAUCACCUGCCUCUGGGGUGGUCUCCUCUAUAUCAUCGUCCCUCAGAAUAGCAAACUGGGUUCUGUGCCCAUCACCGUGAAGGGGGCUGUCCGUGCUCCAUACUAUAAGCUAGGAGAAACAUCCCGGGAAGAGUGGAAGAGGCGUCUCCUGGAACAUCCUGGUCCCUGGGGAGAACUGGCCACUAACAACCUCAUCCUGACUGUGCCAACUGCAAAUCUCCGAACUCUAGAGAAUCCUGAGCCACUGCUCCGCCUCUGGGAUGAGGUGAUGCAGGCCGUGGCGAGGCUGGGAGGCGAGCCCUUCCCUUUGCGUCUGCCACAGAGGAUAGUGGCUGAUGUGCAGAUAUCAGUCGGCUGGAUGCAUGCAGGGUACCCCAUCAUGUGCCACCUGGAGUCAGUGCAGGAGCUCAUCAAUGAGAAGCUCAUCAGGGCCAAGGGGCUGUGGGGCCCUAUACAUGAGCUGGGCCGCAACCAGCAGAGGCAGGAGUGGGAGUUCCCACCACACACCACGGAAGCCACCUGCAACCUAUGGUGUGUUUAUGUGCAUGAAACAGUCCUAGGCAUACCUCGAAGCCGUGCCAAUAUUGCCCUGUGGCCCCCUGUUCGGGAGAAGAGAGUCCGAAUCUACCUGAGCAAGGGGCCCAACGUGAAAAACUGGAAUGCCUGGACUGCGUUGGAAACAUACUUACAGCUCCAAGAGGCCUUUGGUUGGGAGCCAUUUAUCCGUCUCUUUACCGAGUACAGAAACCAGACCAACUUGCCCACAGACAAUGUCGACAAAAUGAAUCUCUGGGUCAAGAUGUUCUCCCAGCAAGUUCAGAAGAAUCUGGUUCCAUUCUUUGAGGCCUGGGCCUGGCCCAUUCAGAAGGAAGUAGCUACCAGCCUAGCCUAUCUGCCUGAAUGGAAAGAAAAUAUAAUGAAAUUAUACAUCCUGACACAGAUGUAAGGAGUGCCCAUCGAAGUGGCAGGUAGAGAGGUUUGGGGAGGUAGGCAGAGGUGGAGGUUUAUUCCUCUACCUCUGUCUUCUAAAGUUCUGGCUUUGGCCUCUUAAUCUGUUGCUCCUGUGUCCUAUUACCACCUUCUGUGUCUAGGAAGUGGGUUAAGAACUCAACCUAAAAUGAAGGCAGACAUUUUUAGGAACAUGGCCUGCAUCUAUGAGCCAGACCCCUCUGCUUCUCAGUUGUUUGGCAGCCUCCUGACCCUGUAUUGACCCAGUGCUGGGAGAGUGGACAUCUCUUUCUAUCUGGUCAUUGGUCCAUUUUGAUGAGCCAUAGAGGGCAGUCCUUCUCCUGGCCUCCUUGUCUUGGGGAUAGGUAUAAACAUCUCCGCCUCUUGGGUGGUCACGGAGAGUAUGACUGAUGAUUUUAAAGAAACUUGUGAACUAUAUGGUACAUGUCAACUGAGUGGUUGUCCACUUCAUGCCAGCCCACUCUCUCCCACAGCUCAGAAGUUAACAUCAGCCUUUUUCUUAGUAGACUCCUUGUGCCCAGAUUCUAGGUCUUUUAUCUGGCAAGAUCCUUGACUUCUCUGUGGCUCUAUGACCUUGUUCUGUAAACUAAGAUCUAUUUCAUAUGAUUAUUGGGAGAACUGAGUUUUACAAUUGUCUCUAAAAGUGAUUACAACAGUUAGUGGGUAUUGUGAAAAUGUCAUUUGCCAUUGUUUUUUUUAUCUAGUUAACCCAACAACAUUCUGAAGCUAGACUUUACUUUUAGGUGCUAUUAACAGAUGCAGUCAUAAACUUUUAAUUUUUAAAACUGGUACAUGAAAAUAUAAAACCUGCAUAUAUUAAUGAGAUACCAUGCAAUGUCUGAUGUAUGAAUACAUUUUUUAAUGCCUGAAUUAGGCAAAGCACAUCUGUUUCCUCCAGCAGCUAUCAUUUCUUCAGACCAAACACAUUCACAAUGAUUUAUAUAUUUUUGACAUAGAAACUGAGUAACUAUUAUCAAGGGCCAGACAGAGGGAUCAGUGGGUAAAGCUGCCAAGACACAAGAUCUGAGUUCAAUCCUUAGAACUUUCACACGGUGAAAAAAGAUACCCAAUUCUUGGAUGUUGUCCUCCGACCUCCACAUGUGUUCUGGGAUAUACACACAAGCACACUAAACAAGGUUAAAAGAAAUAAUUGUUAUCUGCCUUACCCUAUCCUCUUCUACACAUACCAACAGCUAAAAUGAUUCUGGUACAUUGUUUUAUGAAUCUAAAGGAAAGAUUCUAAGCUCACAAUGGAGUUUUCUGGUGGUUGUUUGAGACAGGGCCUUUCUAUAUAGGCAGGGCUAGCUGACUUCAAACACAAUGAUCUUUCGUCCUCAGCCUCCAAGUGCCUGGUUACAGGUGUGCAAGCCAUGCCCAUUUUCACAAUGUAGUCCUUUUUCUUCCGUCAUUUACAGCUACUUAUAUUUGGUCUCUUUAGCCAGUUCUUUCAGCUCAAAUUCCUUCCUUGAUAAAAUCUAGAGCAGAGAUAAUUGACAAAAGCCAAAACAAUCCUAAAAUAGUGUUUAGUUUUAGCAAAUGACACCCAACUUUGUGAUGGUAUUUAUAUUUCCACAGUGACAGAUUCAAGACACAAUUGCUGACAAGGGUUACUGAUUACAGAAGACUUCACUUUGGAACAAGAUAAUUCCGUACAGCUAACCCAACUUUCAUGUAAUUACUACACAUUCAAAAACCAUUUUAUGGUUUCUUUCGUGGUUUUAAUGAUCAUUAUCUCUAGGAUUGAUGUUAUGCACAAACAGUUCUUUGACUUCUUUUUAUUUAUUUACUUUAGUCUAAUCUGUUUUAUUUACAUAUUUACAUAGUAAGUGGGUGAAUGCACAAACUAUAAGAUUUGUGUGUGUGUGUCUUUAUCAUGCAAUUUCUUAAUCGUAGAGUUAUUUCAUGAAUAUCUAUCAUGUACACAUUGUGAACACAAACAUUCAAUCUUUAAAAUAAUUUUUAUCAGUUAUGAGGUAUUGAGCAUGCGCCAGGCAUUGUACUGGUCCCCACAUAUAGGUUAUGCCAUUUAAUCCUCCCAAUAACCUUAUAAGUAUAAAUUAUCACUCUUAUUUUAGGAAUAAGAGAACUGAACUUUAUGUAGAUUAAAUUGUGUAAGAUUCCACUGCUAAUAAGUGAUAGCUUUGUGAUUUUGAAUCCAGGCAUUAUGAUUGCAGAGUAGUUAUUUAUAAUUAUGGUGCUCUGAAUAACCAAAUAAAGAAACAAAUAAGCAACACAGAAAGUUUAUAAUCCCACUUGCCAGGGCCUGGGCUCUUUAUACUUAGCCCUUAUCUAAUCUUAGCAAGACAAAAAGACUCUGUUUCCCCUGAAAUGAGUGGAGAGGAAGAAUUUAAAUCAGGCUCCUAAAGUGCUUCCCAGUAGAAAUGAGAGUGAAAGAUUAGCCUCAGGAAACUCUUUCAGGUUCUGAUUGUUCAAAUUGUUUGUCAUUCUCCCCUGGGUACCAUGAAAGCAUUUUUGGUUUAUUGGAUUUUGAAUAAUGAACUAUUUCAUUGAAGUACCCGACUUCCCAAAGUCCCAGAUAUUUCAUGUUCUCAGAGAGAAAAUUACAUCCUCAAUCUUUUAGAAUAAGUUUUUUUCCACUCCUACUCUCAUCCCUUUAAUCUACUUUCAGCAGUAAAGGCUGGGAGCUUUUCAAUAAAGUUAUCUAUGUUAUUCUAGUGUCAAAAGCCUCCAGCAGUACUCUGGAUUUGAGAUGAUGGACCUUUCCUAAGCCUCACUGAGACUGAAGUCAAUACAGGGAACACAAAAGAAGUCUGAGACCUCUCAGCAAAGGAAACUAAAAACAUUUGGGUGGAGAAGAGAGAAAGUAAAUAAAGCUUAAUAAUGAAUGGGAAAUGUGGAGGUACAUUUCAGACAGAAUACUCUCAUCUGAACAUUGUAACCCUAAAGAGACUUGAGCACUAAAAAUGUCUAGCUUCUAGAUAAUUGUACCAGUUGUAAAUUGACCCCCAUCCUACUCAGCCCCAACCCGUGUACACAGAACACAAAAAACCUACCACUGGUACUAGUGAAACUGUCAUUGUUAUUGUUUGAAUAAAGAAUUCAAAUGAACCACCUGAGGAGAAGUAAGAAUUAGGGCUCCAAAUGAUAUUCUUUUCAUGGAAGUAAGUGGCCCUUUUGCCCAUUGGUUAAUUUUCUUCUUAGAGUUGAGACCUGGAGCUUCUAGUCAUAGCAGAGAUUUUCAGGAGAAGCAGGAAUCUAUAAAAGAGACAAUAAUUAAUACAGGUUCUUAAUGUGGAUUUUCUGAUAGUAAUUUCUGUGCAUGGAAGGGACCAAGAGAGAAACAUAAGAAAAAUAAGAUGUUAGAUGUAAAAAGAUUGAAAAAAUUAAAAACUAAAGAAAACACAUUUAUACAGAAAAAAAUCCUUAAAAUUCUGACCAUCUCUUCAGAGAGAUUUGAGGUACAUUUAUAAGAUAACCUUCUAAGAAACAUUCUGAACAUUUUUAAAACAAAAUAAGAGUGCCAAAUAUAUUCAAUAGAUAGGCUGGAAGUCAAAAUAGAAUGAAUCUCCCUAGACAUGCAACAAAACGAAAUAACAAACUGUAGGAAAAAAAGGAAAAAUAAAUAGACAAUCACGGUUUAACCAUUAUGAGUUCCCAGAAGAAAGGACAGAGAUAGCAUGGACAAUAAAAGAACAAGAAAGACUUAAGAACACCAUACUGAGGUGAGCCAAUAACAAUGACAUAUAGGCACAGUCCUAAAAAAAGGGGGAGGGAGGGAACAUUCAAAGUGCCCAGCAAAGGGAAAACAGCUGAACCAUGCCUGGAUGAGAACAGUCUGGCAUCUUCAGCAGCAACACUAAAUGCUAGAUGUCAAGGGACCAAUGGGUUUACUUUUGAAAAUUUUUGUUCCCAGAACUCCAUAUCGAGAGUAAUGUAAAAAUAUUGUCGAGAGUAAUGUAAAAAUAAAGACAUCCUUUGGCAGGUGAGUUUUUAUAAACUUUACCCCCCCCACACCCUUGUACCCUUAUUAAGGAAGUUUUCCAUUUAUAUAUAUAUACACAUAUGCAUAUAUAUACAUAUUCAUAUAUACAUAUGUAUAUAUUUUUGUGUAUAUAGACAUAUGUAUGUGUGUGUGUACACACAUAUAUAUGGAUGUAUACACACACACAUAUAUGGAUGAAAUUCUAAAAAAAAAGAAGGAAAGAGGAUCUGGAGACCAGUAGACCUCCCCCAAGAUGGCUCUGUCUACAGUUGUAGUUAUGUAAUAGACCCAUUUCACAAGAGAGUACUACCUUGGGCUCUAAGAAGAAUGUGCCAGAUUAUCACUGAGUAAUGGAACAUUUGGAGAUCUGGAAACCUGGAAGACAUACAAUCUGUCUUCCAGAUAAACAUUAUAUCAAGAAACUUAGGCUCAACCAUGAAGGAAAAUAAAAUGGGAUAGGAUUCUGAAGACUUGUGAAGUAGAAGAAGAGCUUUAUUGGCUGUUGACGGUAGGUAUGUUUCCUUUCCAUUGGUACAAAUAUCAUGACAUUGGCAGUGUAGGAAAAAAUACACGUCUUCCACUUGGCUUGAUCAAAAGUAUUUUAAUAGCCAAAAUAAUGUAGAUGCCACUUAUAGAUCAUUUGUGUUCUGAUCAGCCUAUCAACAAAGCCAGAAAGGCCUGAUGUUUCACCCAGAAUGAAUGUAGAAAGGGAUAUUGACCAGCUGAUGCACAAGAAAGUGUAGGCUGAAUUUGUUGGGCGAAGAGAAGUAGAAGGAAGAGUGGGAAUAUGUGAAUAUUCAAAGUGGGGUUGAAAAGAUGCUGUCUUCAGUUAAUGGAACACAGCUAUAUUGUUAGUGCUGUCUUCAGUUAAUGGAACACAGCUAUAUUGUUAGUGCUGUCUUCAGUUAAUGGAACACAGCUAUAUUGUUAGUGCUGUCUUCAGUUAAUGGAACACAGCUAUAUUGUUAGUGCUGUCUUCAGUUAAUGGAACACAGCUAUAGUAUUAGGUCAAUGCUAUAUGUUAAACCCUCCAAAGAGUUAAAAAAUGACACAUCUAUCAAACAUUUGGAGAAGGGCAGGCAAGGGAAAGGUGGAGAUGGUGUACAUUAAAUCCUUAUCUUUUGUAAUGUUGAAUUAUUAAAUAUUGUCUAAAGUUAAUAAGUCAAGAGAUUAUUGUUCAAAUAUCUUAUUUAAAGGUAGGAAGUUAGCCACCAAAAGAUGCAAGAAUAGAUAUCAUUAAAAGUAUCUAGGAAAUGGGAGUAGAGAAGGAGGAUGGGGUGGGAAAACAUCUUUUAAUUUCAAGUUCCUCUGUACUAUUUAAUUUUUUACCUUGUGCAUGUAUUAUUUGGAAAAGUUUGUAAUAAACUCAAAUAAAACAUCCUUCAGAGGCUUCA